UCGGGGCGGACUUUAAGGGACACCACCUUACAGAGUCCGCCCGUUACCUCAUUGUUAUCUGAAGAGUUUAUUAGCUCCUGGUCAUUGGUCGCUGAUCUCAAGGAACUUGAGAAAGAUGAGAGUGAACCAGUGUAUUCAGUGAUUGCUAAAGAACUAUUAGCUAACUAUGAGUUUCCUGUUAUGAUGAUGGUCAUACAUCCUAACGGCACCAUCUUAAAUAAAGUUAAUGCCAACGCUUUCUUAGAUAUAGAUGUUUCUAUAUUAGAAAUGGGAUUUAUAAAUUUUGAUUAUUUUUAUUUCAGUUUUGAUGACCCCUCUGCAGUAGAGUAUGUUAAAUUUCUAAAAGAAGGUUUAUAUAAAAUAGGCAGAACUUCAUAG